CCUCUGGGUUUACCGCGAGGCGCGCUGGGAGCUGGAGGCGGCAGGCAGGACCAUGGAGGCGGCUGGAGGCGGCCAGUGUGUGUGUCGGCGUGGCGCGGGACGCAAGGAGUCAUGCGAGGAGAUGCCCCAGAUGGUGCCCGUGUCCGGGCUGAGCCCCGCGCCCUGUGACUACGCCCACUUCGCCGCCGACAGCUUCGACCUGUCCCUGCUGGAGUGCGGCGCCGGGGACGGCGAGGUGCCCUACUCGCCCACCAGCAUCCACCAGCUGCUGUCGCUGUUCGCCGAGCAGCCGUGCUCGCCGCCACUCAUGUUCCACCCGCCGGCGCGCGUCAAGGACGAGCCGCUGGAGUCCCUUGAGUCCCUGGAGUCCCUGGAGUGCCUGGAGCCGCCCGCCGAGGACCACCGCCUGCUACGCGAGGUGCUCAGGGACACCAGCUUCCAGCGGCGACACAACGUGCGCGCUCUCGACCUCGAGACGCUGGCCCGCCGCGCCCAGGACCUGGUCCGGGAGGAGGCGGAGGAUCGCCUGUACCUUUCCCCCGGGGCCUUCCAGCGGGGACAACACCCUCUGGACCCCGUGAAGGGAGAAGUGGAGGACCGUCAGUACCUGUCUCCCGAGGCCUUCCAGCGGCGACAGCAGCCCCAGGACCCGGUGAAGGGAGAAGUGGAGAACCGGGGGUACCUGUCCCUGGAGGCCUUCCAGAGACGACACCACCCUCUGGACUCGGUGAAGGGAGAAGUGGAGGACCACCAGUACCUGAGCACGGCCUUCCAGAGACAACAGCCCCAGGACCCGGUCAAGGGAGAAGUGGAGGAACGCAUGUACCUGUCCCCCGGGGCCUUCCAGCGGCAAGAACACUCUCUGGACCCGGUCAAGGGAGAAGUGGAGGAACGCAUGUACCUGUCCCCCGAGGCCUUCCAGAGACAACAACCCCCUGUGGACCCGGCGAAGGGACAGGCGCUGGUGCCCCAGGCCAUGGACGUCGAGCCGGAGGACGAGUCUGGCCCGCUGAAGGAGGAGGCGCUGUCUCCCGGGUCCUCGCAGCAGGACUGCCUGGAGCACAUGGAGCCCGUGCUGUCGCUGGCCAUCCAGCAGCUGCAGAGAGACGUGGACGACACUUGCAGCGUGCUGGGCAUCGCCUCGGACCCGGGCCAGUGGACGGUGGACGACGUCAAGGCGUGGCUGCUGUGGACGCUGCGCCAGUACAACCUGCCCAUGAUCCCCAUGGACUACUUCGCGGUGGACGGGGUCACGCUGUCCGCCCUCAGCGAGGAGGAGUUCCAGCAGAGGAGCCCGCAGGUGAGCCGUCUGCUCGCCCGACAAGUGCCACCAACACCGAGACGUGCUCCGCAUUCGGCGGUUACAAACCAGCGAUCCGUAACGGCCCACGAGACUUGAGCCACGGGCACGCUACCACUGAAUAACCAACGUGUGUGUGUCAAAUAAACUAUUUUAUCCGUGGGAAUAUGAAGAAUUUGUUGCAAAGAUAAAUUAAAUAUGCUUUGGGGCAUUAAAAAUAUCAGUGA